UGAACAACGGAGUGUACUUAAGUUCAUGUUAUAUCCUACACUAUCACGAUGAUAAUUAUUCUCGCUGGGACAAUGGAUGGAUUUAAAUGUUGUUGGCUUUAGUAUUUUUAUGGAUAUUGAUACUUAUAAAUACGAGAGACUGUCAUUUAACUAACAAACACAUGCAUUAUUUUACAGCAGUAUAUUACUUUAACUAUGAAUGAGUGCAGUGUUGAUAUUUCAUUGGUUAGUCUUUGUUUGCGCCCAGUAAAUAUUCCUGAGGCGACUGGUUUAGGGGAACAUUAAUUUUUGUGAUCGUUUUAAAAAUAUUGUGAUCUUAUCUUAUGAUAUAAGUGACUACAGUACUUUGAACAGAACACGUUAUGUGAUAUAAACAUACACAACAAAUCUAUUUAUUGAUUGAGCUAUAAUAGGAACCUGUAUUUCCCCCGGCUAUGUGUAUUGGAUCAUAUUUCUACUGAUAUGUCGCUUUACUAUACAUACAUACAUGCCGGUAUGACGGAAUACACUACAAUUGACAAUGUGUAUCUAGGAUGCUGACCAUGUCAUUGUUAAUUACAGAUAAUGACAUUCAGCCGGAUUAAAUCAAAUCACGCUUUGUUUUUGGAUUUUUAAACACAGCUUAACCGAAACUGGAUUUUAUAAAAAAAUAUAUUGAUUUCUCUAAAUACUGAUUUCAAAAAGGAUUCUGGAGACGUUUGCUUUCCGAGACGACCCGAUGUCGCCCCGGGGUGGGGAACGACUUUUCUGUGCAGUCAGAUGGUCGGGCUGAUGUCCGUUUGGAAAUUGAUUUUUCUGAUUUUAUGGUCAAUUGGAUUUCUUAUAUUUACAUCUUGUGUCAAGGCUCCAACAUAUGAAUUUGACCUUCAGCUUUACCAGGUGGAUGAAUCUUUGUUAGAAUGUCCAACAGGCUGGCUUAAAUUCAGGAAUCAGUGUUAUUAUAUAGUUAACGAAGAAGCUACAUUCCAACAGGCUGACAUACUUUGCAAAAGGUAUGGUGGUCACUUGGUGAAGACAGAUGGAUACAAUAGUAAUCAAGGAUUUGGAAAGCUGAUUAGUAACCACAAUAUUAGUCAUGUGUGGAUUGGUUUACAAAGAAAGAAAUCUGGUGAAUUUUGGUGGUCCAAUGGACAGCUAGCAGAGGCUGCAGAUGGGUUCUGGACAACCCAGCUACCCAUCCAAUCUACUGAAUAUGAUCUAUGUACUGUUAUGACAACAACUUUAUCUGACUAUGGAGAAUAUCGUUGGACACUAAAUAAUUGUGAUAUAGGUUAUAGCUCUGUGUGUCAGACAUCAGCGUGUGUUGCAGGACAAUUCCGCUGUUCAGAUGGAAGUGGAUGUAUCAGUAGAUCAUGGAUAUGUGAUGGGAUUCAUCAGUGUUCAGAUAGAUCAGAUGAGCUGAUGUGUCCAGGUAGCUGUGGGGGUCAUCUUCAGGGAAUAUUACAGACAUUCCAUUCACCUCAUUAUCCUCAAACAUAUCCUAAACAUUCAUCAUGUAUAUGGAGGCUAGAAACUCCUGUAGGAACUAGAGUUUAUUUAAAGUUUGAAUCAUUUACAGUAGAAACAUUGUAUGAUAAAGUCAUAAUUCAUGAUGGCAGCUCCGAGAAGGAUCCGCUGGUCGGGACUUAUUCUGGAACUGACAAACCAAGUGUGCCAUAUUCAUCAUCAAAUUUUUAUCUAGUCAUAUUUCAAUCAGACCAGGACAAUCAAAUGUCUGGAUUUAAUGCAUCAUUUUCUGCAGUGCCUAUGGACAAAUGUGGAAGUGAAAUGAUUGCAUCUAGUAAAUCACAGUGGUUUGGAUCUCCAAACUUUCCAAAUUCCUAUCCAAACAAUAUACUGUGUGACUGGAUCAUCAAGACAAGCAACUCAGUGGACCUCAUAUCAUUACAGUUUCACCGUUUUUCCAUAGAUACCUCAGAUUUCAUAGAGAUCAGACAAGGGGAAUCAAUUGACUCGCCAUUAUAUGGACGCUUUACCGGUGAUGAUAUACCUCCAGUAUUUAUUAGUACUAGUCACAGUUUUUUUAUCAGGCUUUAUACAGAUUUCACCCAUACUGGAACUGGCUUUAAUGCAACAUAUAAAACAGGUUGUAAUAAUACAAUACUUCAAGGUUAUGCCAGAAUUAUGUCCCCUGGAUAUGGUAUAACCAAGUACCCAAACAGCAUAAACUGUGAUUGGACAAUCAGUGAUCCUCUACAAAGAAAUUUAACUCUGGUUUUUAAUAAUAACUUUGAUACUGAGAAAGGAUUUGAUAAUGUUACAGUUUAUACAAACAAUCAUACCUCCUAUACUCACGCAGGGCAAGGUGCCCCUCCAGCCAUUACAACUCAGUCAGAGCAGUUCCAUGUUAACUUUAGUUCAGAUAGUCAGGUCAAUAGGAAUGGAUGGGCCAUAACUGUGUCAUUUGAUUGUCCAUCAUUAAAUUUAAGUGAUCAUCUACAAAUGAAUUCAUCAAUUACAACAUUUGGUACAUAUGUACUGUUUUACUGUGAUAAUGGUUACCAGUUGGCUGGUACCAGUGUGCUUAUCUGUGAUAUUGGGGGAAGAUGGUCAACAUCUCCCCCUUCUUGUAAAGUAAUUAAUUGUGGAUCACCUUCCAUACCAGUUAAUACCAAGCUGGUUAGUGUCAGUUCCACAUUUUACCUUGGAAGAGCUGUAUAUAAAUGUAAUUCAGGGUAUAAAAUGUCUACCAAUGAUACAAGUAUCUGUCAGAGUAAUAGACAGUGGACACUGCCAUAUUGUGCAGAAAUAAGUUGUCCUAAGCUAGAUAUGACAGAAAAAUUAAUGUUAAAAUACACAUCUGCAGAAUCUCACUAUGUGUAUGGAGAUAUUGUAAUCUAUGACUGUGAUAGUAACUACAGACUUAUAGGAGCUUCUAUGGUUUACUGUACAGAGAAUGGAACUUGGUCUAAACCUACACCAUCUUGUAAACCACCUGUUUGUCCUCCAAUUUAUAUAAGAAAUGGUUACACAAAUGCUACAAAUAUUGUGAUGGGAGGGGACUAUAUACAGGUGUCCUGUAACAAUGGAUAUUCACUUACAGGCAACCCAAUAGUGUUCUGUGAUCUGAAUGGUGUAUAUACAGCAUUGCCUUACUGCAGUGAUAUAAACGAAUGUGUAACAGGAAAUGUAUGUGGUGGUCACAGUUGUCAGAAUACACCUGGAUCCUAUAGAUGUGUUUGUAACCAUGGAUACCAGAACCCACCUAAUAGUUACACAGUGUGCAAAGAUACAGAUGAGUGUAGUACAUUUCCAUGUACAGGUAUAUGUGAAAACUUAAGUGGUAAAUACAGGUGUAACUGUAACCCACCACAGGAACUGUAUACAGAAAAUAUAAUCAGGAUUGUCAAAAGAAAAGUACUGAGACCAAAUAGUACUUGUAUAGCUGUUUGUUCCAGUUUUAGUGUCAGUAAUGGUGGAGUUAUUGUAGCUGAUACUGUUCCCCUAUCCUCUGGUAGCUACAUAGCCCCUACCACAGUUAUGAUACACUGUCCUCGGGGAACAGUACCAGAUGGAUCAGUGGUAGUAGAAUGUCAGCUGGAUGGAACAUGGAACAAUACUGUAACAACUUGUAGAAAUCAAGAAUGUGAACAGUUGUCUCUCCCUCUUUAUGGUCGUAUUUUUUAUUUGAAUGCAACCAGGGGCUAUAACUCUGUAGUACAGUAUUCAUGUAAAGAAGGAUAUGAAUUAUCUGGAGUUGAGUACAGAUUUUGUCAGCCUAUUAAUGAUACAACACAGUUUGACUGGACUGGAAUAGAACCUGUUUGUAAAGAAAUCAAAUGCCAAGCAUUGCCAGAUCCAGCUAAUGGUCAAGCAGUGUAUGGAUCAACUACUGUUGGUUCAGUUUUACAGUAUUCUUGUAACUGUGGAUACCAUCUGAUAGGGUCAAAAGUUAGGAUUUGCCAGCCUGGUGGAUUAUGGGAUGGAAAAAAUGCAAUUUGUGCCCCAUCAACUGUAUGUCAGUCUCCAGUGAGCUCUGGUUCAGUAGUCAUGUCCAAUAUAUCACCAUUUUAUACAGUGGGGACAGAAGUCAACUUCCAGUGCAAAAACCCUGGAUAUCAAAUAGCUGAUACAACACCUAUAAAAUGUGUAAUAGAAAGACCAACAGAGAACAUAAAACCUAAGUAUAACUUGAUAUUUGAGAUGAGAUUUCUGACACCUAGUAACUUUAACAAGUCCUGUGACUAUCACUAUGUCAAUGAAACAGUUGAACUGUUCAAAGAAUUGGUGGAACAGAGUUGUAAAGAUCCAUACAGACCAUUAACAACCAUUAAAACAGUUGUUAAUAGUGGGGAUGUUCUACAAAUAGAUCUGACCAUACAACUGUCAGAACCAAGGAAAGGGUCCUUUGACUUGGUAUGCAACUGUAGCACUGCCUUACAAGAGAUUGUCAGCACAGGUCUCAUACAGAACAACAUCAACAACGUCACAUUCAAUGGUUCUGAAGAUACCACAUGUCCUACUGUCAGACUCAGAACAGCAGACAGUGAUAAUAUCACCAGUACCAGUAAUUGGUCCUGUGAUGAAGGUUAUGAACUUGUACAUCAGAGUGAAAUCUGUGUCAAUAACCUUGACCUAACCUGUGUUAAAUCUACAGACUGUCCAAAUGUUUAUGUUUCACCAACUACAACAGCUAGUACGACCAGAAUAACGCCUACAUUCGCAUAUGAUACAACCACACAGUGGAAUGUUCCUAUCUCUCCUGUCAACCAUACUACUAACGUACCUAAAAGGUCAACUGCAAUUAGUACAGCAAGGUCACCCUUGGAAACUUUCACAAUGACACAAACUGCUGAAGUCACUACAGUAUCGGAAAGUGAUGGGAAAAUAGAGACAACUAAAUUAACAUCAGUGGUACAAGAUACAACUCAUAGGACACCAACUGUUCCUGGUGUAUCCGAAGUAACAUCUACAGAACCGUCUGUAGCAGAUGAAACCGAAGUCACAACUGCUAUAAUAAGAACAACACAAAUGACACCAACUGUUCCUGCUGUGUCCCAAAUAACAUCCACAGAACCGUCAGUCUUAAAUAAAACAGAAGGUACUACUGCUAUUAAAAGAACAACACAAAAAACAGCAACACCCAGAGUAACUACUGAACAGCAAACAUCAGAUCAUCAUAUCACCGCUCGUAAUUCAACAGACAAUUCUACUCAGGCACAUAGUACAGAGAUACCUGUUGUCAAUACUGGACUGGAAGUUACAACAGGGGAGAUAACUAGUAACCAUUACUUCAUAAAUGUAACAAACAUUGGAGAAACUACAGAAAUAGUAAAACCGACUCAUCCAACUCAAACAUUUACAGCACCUGCUUUAGCCUCUACAGAGGCUUCUGAGUCGGUAACAACACAAAAGUCAGUCACAGAGCCUUCUGAGUCAGUAACAACACAACAGUCAGUCACAGAGCCUUCUGAGUCAGUAACAACACAAAAGUCUGUCACCAAGCCUUCUGAGUCAGUAACAACACAAAAGUCAGUCAAUAAGCCUUCUGAGUCAGUAACAACACAACAGUCAGUCACAAAGCCUUCUGAGUCAGUAACAACACAACAGUCAGUCACAGAGCCUUCUGAGUCGGUAACAACACAAAAGUCAGUCACAGAGCCCUCUGAGUUGGUAACAACACAAAAGUCAGUCACAAAGCCUUCUGAGUCAGUAACUACACAAAAGUCAAUCACAGAGCCUUCUGAGUCCAUAACAUCACAAAAGUCAGUCACAGAACCUUCUGAGUCAGUAACAAUACAAAAGUCAGUCACAGAGCCUUCUAAGUCAGUAACAACACAAAAGUCAGUCACAAAGCCUUCUGAGUCAGUCACAACACAAAAGUCAGUCACAGAGCCUUCUGAGUCAGUCACAACACAAAAGUCAGUCACCAAGCCUUCUGAGUCAGUAACAACACAAAAAUCAGUUACAGAGCCUUCUGAGUCAAUAACAACACAAAAAUCAGUCACAGAAUUGUUUCCUGAAAAUAUGACUGCUGUUGUAAAUGUAACACAAAAAUUUCAAACUUCACCACAAGCAACAAAUAAAACUUUUAUUACUGAUUACACAACUCAACAAUACAACGAAACUGUACCAAUAACCCAUUCACCUCAACCGACACCAACAAUACCACAGAGGUUCACUACUGAAACCCCAGAAAAUACUUCAAUAAAAGAGGUAACAACCAAAGCAACAGAUAAUCAAAUGACAUCUGCAUAUAACUUUACGACCAAGAGAGAUGAUAUAGGUACCACCUCUGAAGGAAGAAAAAUAUUUACAGAUGAGCCUAUAAAUACAACUCAUGUUCCAACUCAAACACAAGAUAAUAUGACAGCAAGUGAAAUCCAGACGCAGACUCAAAUACAAGAUAACACUACAGCACAAGUUCCUGUCACACAAACCCAACUACAAGAUAACUUAACAGCUCAAGUUCCUGUCACACAGACUCAACUUCCAGAUAACACAACAGCACAAAUUCCUGUCACACAAACUCAACUACAAGAUAACAUAACAGCACAAGUUCCUGUCACACAAACCCAACUACAAGAUAACACAACAGCACAAAUUCCUGUCACACAAACCCAACUACAAGAUAACACAACCAAUGAUUCUCAGCUAACAAUGCAACCAUCUAUUACUACUGGAAACAACACAGAAAAUGUAAUUACGACAGUACAACAACCAGUUAAAACAUUUAGUAAACAGGUAACAGAACAAACAACACAAUCAAUGACAGAAACUCUCUCUAAAAUGACUACUCAGGCAGGAAGUACUAUUAUAUCUCAAAAUGCCACUGAAUCACAAGUGUCACAGGCAGUCACUGAAUUGAUAACCAAUACAAAAACUACAACCGACCAACAACUUACAAUGGUCAAAACUACAGCUGACCAACAACCAACUACUGUCAAAACUACAGCCAACCAACCAAAUACAGUAAAAACAACAGCCAACCAACCAGAUACAGUCAAAACUACAGCCAACCAACAACCAAAUACAGUCAAAACUACAGCUGAGACUGAUGCCACAACACAGGUUCUGACUACCCCUGGUAUAACAAUUCCUACAACUACAGCACCAAAUUAUGUUAUAGAGAUGACAGCUGUUUUAAUACCAGCAAAUCUUAGUCAGCCAUGUAAAGAUAACAUCAACACAGCGAUUUCAGACAUACUCAGUUCUACAGAGGGAGUUAGUAAUUCUCUACAAAACUCAAAGACAUGUUCCAAAUAUAACAUCAAAGUUUUCAUUGAAACAUCUAUAAACAUGACUUUAUCUGCUGUAAAAGUAACAAAGAAGUACAGUUUGGUUGGACAGUCACAAUCCAUUCUGACACCAUGUGGACAGGAUAUUGAUGACAAACUAUUAUUAGAACUUAGAGAAAGUCUGAGUAAUCUCCCAUCACAGACUGUAUGUCUGCAGUCAUUACAGGAUUCAAGCAUCACUGUCAGUCAGUGGAAGUGUAGUGAUGGAUAUACCAUGGAUGAGUCAGGAGAAAUUUGUCAUAUUUUUACUCUGACAACAGACUCUGUUACCAUAGAGACAACUUCUGCUGUACCAACAACAAAAGUCACGACAGUGGUAAUUACUGAGCCACCAACGACAACCAGCUCUACAACUACCACACCAACCACUACUACAUUGAAACCCACCACUCGGGGAACCACACUCCCUCCUACUGACCCAGCAUUUUACCUGAUACAGGUAGAAGCAAUAUUCACAGGUAGUAACUUAACAUGGAAAGGAUGUAUUGAUGCUACAAGAACUCAGAUUGAAGAAAAAGUGGAGAGCAUCAGUUUGAGUAUUAUACAAGGCUUAAAAAAGACCUGGAAGCAGUGUACCAAACAGUCUGAUAUUGUCCUGUUAUCUCAGACUGGGAAAAUAGCUGUAACACCAGAAAGACUUGAACUGACAGCACCAUUUGCCAUCCAGAGUCCAAAUGUAGCUACAGACAUUGUGACAGAUUGUGCUAGAAAUGCUGUUGAGGGUCACAUUCAGGACAAAUUCCAAGGACUGUUACGAGAAAUAAAUCCAGGAGUCUGUUUUGUCACACUUCAAACUUUUCAGAUUCCAUUCUCCAGUUGGGCUUGUAAUAACAGUUACGAGUAUGAUUCCACCUCAGAGAUCUGUCGAUUGAUUCAGACUACAACUCCUCCACCCUCUAAUGCAUUAUUAAUGGCCUAUGACAUCAAAUAUUUCAUUCCACAUGGUAGACUAUCAUUGUCAAUACAGUUUUUACAUCUAUCCAUCCAGAAUCAAGUUUUUUGUCUGACAGAGUAUAGGAACAGAUUGGUAUCACUAAUGCAGAGCCAGACAUCAUUGUUUAACAAUGGAAACAUGGUUGACGCAAAGAAAUAUUGUGCAGACAUAUAUAUUAGCUUAUAUGGAAUAGACAGUAAAGGGGAGGAUGUAGUAUUGUCAGUGUCACCUGGUAUGUUGAAUGGCCAGGUUGCUGUUAAAUUGUUUGCUACUUCAAGUAGUUUUACAAGUAAUGGUAGUUAUAAUUCAUGCAUUGCAUGGAUAGCCUCCAAACUUAUGAAUGUCAGCAGCCAUGCACUGAUUGGUCAAUCCACUCUUCCAUCAUCUAAUGUUACACUGUGUAGUAAUGUGACAUUAGAUAAUGUUUCCAUUACUAAUCGGGCUUUUAACUGUACUACAGGAUACCAGAUGGCUUUAUAUAAUGCAUACUUCCUUUGUCUUAGAGAUGAUCGUACAAAGUACAUAGCACCUUUUCUCUUGUCCUAUCAAUGGCACCAACCAAGUAGUAAUUCGUGUAUACAAAGUUUGAUGACCAGACUUUCAGCCGAGUCCAUUCCAUUUGUACAACAGUAUGCUAAACAACCAUCCUGUGCUUCAGACAUCAUACUACAGCAGAAUGGUAGCAUAACAGCAACUUUCAUUAGUAAUUAUUUGCGUGGUAAUAUUACUAUAGCUUAUGAAUUGAGCAGUCAGACAGAAACUGCAGGUUCAAUUUCAACAUUUUCAUCAUGUGCAAAUACAAUUAUUCAAGAAGCAAAGACAUACUUUGAACAGAAAUCAGUUGAAAUAUUAAGUUCAGAGAAAGUUAUGGAGUCUUGUGGAUCAACACAGCCAGUAGUGACCAUGCCUCUAAUUAGUGGUUAUUACAUAUGUCCUAGUGAGAAAACAUGGGACCAGAUCAGUAACCAGUGUAUCAAUGCAGAAAAUGAUACAGCAAUUAUAAAAGGAACCCUAACUUCAGUAUCUUCAUUUUCUGUCUUGCAAACACAACAAUUUGAAACAACCUCUGAUCAGUCUGUAACAAGUCACAAUAUCAAACAAAAUGAAUUAGAAUCAACUAAAACAACACAAGAUCAACAAACAUUUACUCGAAACUCAAUAAAUUCUACUGCUAAACAAAUCAAUGAAGAAAAAAUAAGUUCAGCACAAACAGCACCAUUAGGAACAACUCCGAAUAAUUUAGAAGUAGUGACCAAAGGAAAAACAGCUGACACAACACCAAAUUUUGUUGAUGUAACUUUCAUAAUAAAUACCAUACAUUCAAUCAGAAUUAUUACAGUAGAUUAUAUCCCGACAAUACUAUCUACAACUAAAACAUCUAUAACAACGCCAGCUACAAAAUCUACAUCUGUAACAACACCAACAACAACUGAAACAUAUGUAACAACACCAGCUACAACUAAAACAUCUGUAACAUCACCAGCUACAAAAUCUACAUCUGUAACAACACCAGCUACAACUGAAACAUCCGUAACAACUCCAGCUACAAAAUCUACAAUUGUAACAACACCAAAAACAACUGAAACAUCUGUAACAACACCAACAACAACUGAAACAUAUGUAACAACACCAGCUAUAACUAAAACAUCUGUAACAUCACCAGCUACAAAAUCUACAUCUGUAACAACACCAGCUUCAACUGAAACAUCCGUAACAACUCCAGCUACAAAAUGUACAUCUGUAACAACACCAGCUACAACUGAAACAUCUGUAACAACUCCAGCUACAAAAUCUACAUCUGUAACAACACCAACAACAACUGAAACAUCUGUAACAACACCAGCUACACAAUCUACAUCUGUAACAACACCAGCUACAACUGAAACAUCUGAAACAACACCAGCUACAACUGAAACAUCUGUAACAUCACCAACUACAAAAUCUAUAUCUGUAACAACACCAGCUACAACUGAAACAUCUGUACUAACACCAACCCAAAUAUUAACAACUGAAACAAGACCAAUCACAACUAAAACAUCCGUUCUUACUCCAGUCAAAAUAACUACAACUGUAAGAACCCCAACCACAACUGAAACAUCUGUACUUACAACUACCCCAAUAUCUACAACUAAAACAACCCCAACCACAACUGAAACAUUAGUAACAUCCAAAACCACAGCUGAAACAUUUAUAACAUCCCAAACCACAGCUGAAACAUUUGAACCAACCACAACAGAUACAUCUGUAACAACACCAACCUCAACUGAAACAUUUGUUAUUAAACCAACAACACCAACCACACUAGAAACAUCUGUACCAAAAACAACAACUACUGAAACAUCUGUUACAACACCAACUACAACUGAAAUAUCUGUAACAACACCAACCACAACUGAAUCAUUUGUAACAACACCAACUACACAAAACACAUUUGUACCAAUACCAACAACAACUGAGAAACCUGUACCAGUACCAACAACAACUGACAAAUCUGUUACAACACCAACAGAAACUGAAACAUCUGUAACCACACCAACCACAACUGAAACAUCUGUAACAACACCAACCACAACUGAAACGUCUGUAGCAACACCAACCACAACUGAAACAUCUGUAACAACGCCAAACACACCUGAAACGUCUGUAACAACACCAACCACAAUUAAAAAAUCUGUUACAACACCAACAAAAACUGAAAAAUCUGUUACAACACCAACCACAACUGAAACAUCUGUAACAACACCAACCACAACUGAAACAUCUGUAACAACACCAACCACAACUGAAACAACUAUAACAACACCAACCACAACUGAAACAUCUGUAACAUCUGUACAAACACCAAUCACAACUAAAACAUAUGUCACAACACCAACCUCAGCUGAAACAUAUGUAACAACACCAUCUUCAACAAAAACAUAUAUGACAACAUCAACCACAUUAGAAACAUCAGAAGCAUCUGUAGCAACACCAACCAAAUAUGAAACAACUGUACCAACACCAACCAUAACUGAAACAGUUGUAACAACACCAACCACAACUGAAACAUAUGUUACAAUACCAACAAUGACUGAAACAUUUGUAACUACACCAACUACAACAGAAACAUCUGUCACAACACUAACCACAAAUAAAACAUCAGUAACGACACCAGUCACAUCAGAACCCUUGGUAUCAACAACACUGACAGCAAAAACAUCUGUAACAACAGCAGCAACAACAUAUCAAUCUGGAACAACUUCACUUACAAAAAACUCAGAAACACCUUCCAAAACAUAUUCCUUUGAGCCAUUACCAGUUACAACAAUUCCUAUGGUAACAUCAGCUCUUACAACAAAAAUUUUUGUUUCAACAGUAACACCAGAAACAUCUGUAUCAAAAUCACCUCCAUCAAAUAAAAUGACCAAAGAUAAAUAUAUAACAUCAAAAGUAGCCUCAGUUUCAACACCAGCCUCAACAGAAAUCUCUGUAAAAUUAACAUUCACAACAAAUAAAAUACCAGAAACAACUUUUUCAACACAACCUACAACAGAGACAUCUGUUACAUUACCCUUCACUGCAAAAACUUCUGCAACCAUAGGACAUAAUAAAGCAACAACUACAGAACAUGUUGACACUUCAACCAUAGCAUAUGGUGAUGCAACAACUACAGAACAUGUUGACACUUCAACCAUAGCAUAUGGUGAUGCAACAACUACAGAACAUGUUUACACUUCAACCAUAGCAUAUGGUGAUGCAACAACUACAGAACAUGUUUUCACUUCAACCAUGGCACAUGAUGAUGCAACAACUACAGAACAUAUUGACACUUCAACUAUAGCACAUGAUGAUGCAACAACUACAGAACAUGUUGACACUUCAACCAUAGCACAUGAUGAUGCAACAACUACAGAACGUGUUGACACUUCAACCAUAGCACAUGAUGAUGCAACAACUACAGAACAUGUUUACACUUCAACCAUGGCACAUGAUGAUGCAACAACUACAGAACAUAUUGACACUUCAACUAUAGCACAUGAUGAUGCAACAACUACGGAACAUGUUGACACUUCAACCAUAGCACAUAAUGAUGCAACAACUACCGAACAUUUUGGCACUUUAACAAUAGCACAAGAUGAGGCAACAACAAAAAAACAGUUGGGCACUUCAACUAUAAGACAAGAUGAUGCAAGAACUACACAACAGAUUGACAAUUCAACCACAAGACAAGAUGAUGCAGCAACUAUAAAACAGAUUUACACUUCAACCGUAGGACAAGAUGAUGCAACAACGACAAAACAGAUUGGCACUUCAGUCAUAAUACAAGAUGAUGCAACGACAAAACAGAUUGACAAUUCAACUAUAGGACAAGAUGGUACAACAACAACAAAACAGAUUGGCACUUCAACCAUAAGACAAGAUGAUGCAACAACUACAAAACAUAUUGACACUUCAACCACAGGACAAUAUGAUGCAACAACGACAAAACAGAUUGACAAUUCAACUAUAGGACAAGAUGGUGCAACAACAACAAUUCAGAUUGGCACUUCAAUCAUAGGACAAGAUGAUGCAACAACUACAAAACAGAUUGGCACUUCAACCACAAGACAAGGUGAUGCAACGACUACAAAACAGAUUGGCACUUCAAUCAUAGGACAAGAUAAUGCAACAACAACAAAACAGUUGGGCAGUUCAAUCAUAACACACCUUGAUGCAACAACUAAAGAACAGAUUGGCACUUCAACCAUUAAACAAGAUGAUGCAAUAAAUACAGAACAGUUGAAUACUUCAGCUCUAGAUGAACAAACAACUACAGAACAAGUUGACACUUACACCAUAGCACAAGAUAAUGCAACAACUACAGAACAAUUUGUCACUUCACUCGUAGGACAAGAUAAUGCAAUAACUACAGGACAAGUUGUCACUUCAACCAUAUCUCAGAAUGAUGCAAUAACUACAAAAAAGCAUGGCACUUCAACCAUUAAACAAGAUGAUGCAAUAAAUACAGAACAAUUGAAUACUUCAGCUCUAGAUGAACAAACAACUACAGAACAAGUUGACACUUACACCAUAGCACAAGAUAAUGCAACAACUACAGAACAAUUUGUCACUUCACUCGUAGGACAAGAUAAUGCAAUAACUACGGGACAAGUUGUCACUUCAACCAUAUCUCAGAAUGAUGCAAUAACAAAAAAGGAUGGCACUUCAACCACAGGACAAGAUGAUCCAAUAACUACAGAGCAGAUUGAAAUUACAACUGCUAAAACUGACAUUAUAAAUACAGAACACGGUGGUACUGUAACAAUAGAACACACACAAAUUAAUACAACAGCAUCUCAGGUCAAUUCAUCUUCCACCAGUGAUAUUCCUUACACAAGUACAGAACUUGGGGACACAUUUAGAACAGCUGACAAACAAACUACAGAAUAUACAAAUCAGUCACAAGCUAACACUAUAGAAUCCACAAGUCAACCUACAUCUAUUCAUACCCCUGUUUCAUCUAUCACACAAACUCAAUCAAUAACUACAUUACAAACAAGUACCCCUUUGAAAAUAACUACAGCCUUACUGUCGACACAAAUAACAACAGAACAGACUGAUCCUCCACUUUGUUAUGAAUGCAACAGGAAAAAGAAUGAUGAGAGUUGUAAUCAGAUCACAAAGCAAUGUCAACAGGGAGAAUCAUGUCAAACUCUGGUUGUGUAUUACACGAAGAAAGCUAUCAUUACAAAGAAGUGUGCCAAUUUGUGUGAAGCUAGUCUGAAUGCAUGCGACCCUACUGAUUAUCAAACCACAUGUAUUUAUUGUUGUUCUGACAAUCUGUGCAAUGAGGAAACAUCUUUCCUUAACUGGCAAGAUGGAAGGAAGAAAAGAAAGAAAAGAUCAGCUUUACUUACUGAAAUGAAUAGAGAAAAGAGAUCUGUGGAAGUACUAACAACAACAACAGCAUUCUGGAAUUCAUCUGUCCCUAAUUGUUUAGAUGUAGAACCACCCGUAUUCCAGAACUGUCCAACAAAAGAUAUCAUAGUUCACAAGGAACUGUGGGGACCAGUAUUUGUGAACAUAAGUCAACCAACAGCAGUAGAUAACUCUGGUAUCAGUCCAAAGAUAACAGUAACGCCUGAAGAUUUAAGACAGCCCUAUCUGUUCAGAGAGAACACCACUGUAACAUUUACUGCUGAAGAUGGGUCAGGAAAUUCUGAACAGUGUGAAAUCCAUGUAAUAUUGAUAGACAUACAUCCUCUCACAAUCAGAUGUCCUGUAGAUGUGGUCUAUGUACCAUAUGCUACUAACAGUGAUAUGGUCAAUAUAACAUACAACAGUGUAAAUGUUGUGGCCUCUAGUAGUGCCACACAUAUAACCUACCAGCCAGCCAUCAGUACCAGUAUCAGGAUAAAAGAACAUGUAGAAGUCAAAGCUACAGCACAUGAUUCCAAUGGCAACACUGCAUCAUGUAACUUUACUUAUGAAGCUACUAGAGACGACCAGAUUCCACUAUACAAAAUUAAAGUAGUUUACAGUGUUACAAAUGUGCAUUCAAAUCCAGAUGAUUGUCCGAAGAAGUACGGAAAAGAACUUUUUAAUAAAAUACAGAAUUUAUCAGUUACAGAAUGUAAUGACAGUUUUAUGCUUCUGCCAAGCAUUACUGUUCAUCAGGACAAAUUGGUUGUGGAUAUAUCUGUCAUGUUUAUGAAUUUUAAGACAUUGGAUUUUGAUUCUAUGAAAUACUGUGGUAAUUUAAGUGCACAAAAGAUGAUAGAUGCUGGAAACCUUACAUUGGCUCCCUCUGGUUGUGAACAGUUAGAACUUAUAUUCAUUGAUGAGGAGACAACUCAGAACUAUCUUUGUGAGAGUAAUUUCACUGUCCUGAAUAGAACCAGUAAAUAUUGUACAUACUGCAAUAAAGGUACCUUCAGUAAUCAGACAAGUGGACAGUGUGAGGUUUGCCCAGUAACACAGGACUCCAUACCCACAGAAUGUAUGGCUUGUUCUCAAGAUAGUUCAGUUUGUCUAGAUCUUUGUAAACCAGGAGAAUAUUCCCCAACUGGAUUACAGCCAUGUACCAAAUGUUCUGUUGGUACCUACACAGAUACUUACAAUUCUACUAUAUGCCAGUCUUGUACACCAGGGAACUCAACCUUAAGUACAGGGACAAACAGUCUACAUGGUUGUAUUGAUGAAUGUCCAAAGGGGAGCUACAGUCAGACAGGUCUUGUCCCAUGUCAGCCAUGUCCACAGUUGUUUUAUUCUGAUAAAACAAGGUCUCAGUCAUGUACAGAAUGUCCACCUGGUCAAGUAACACCUUCAAUAGGAAGUUCUUCAGUUAAUCAGUGUAACGAUCCUAAAGUAUGUUCUGAUGGUAUUUGUAAUCAUGGUAGCUGUGUGACAAAGGACAAUGGGAGACAUUUUGUUUGUGACUGUUUGCCUGGAUUUGCUGGUGCUGUUUGUGAUGUAGAUAUACAAGAAUGUGACAGUAACCCAUGUUUUAAUGGGGAAUGCGUAGAUGAAGAAAACAAUUACAGCUGUUUGUGUUAUCAAGGUUAUACAGGACAUGAUUGUGAAACCAGUAUAAAUGACUGCUCCCUGAAUACCUGUAGCAAUGGUACUUGUAUUGAUGGUGUCAAUUCCUCUACUUGUCUAUGUUAUGAUGGGUUUACUGGGGACAGUUCUUGUGUAGAGAAGACUGAAUGUGAUCCAAAUCCCUGUGAACAUGGUGGUCUGUGUAUAGAUUUGAUAGAUGACUUUAUCUGUAACUGUUCAGGUACAGGUUAUGUUGGAAAGAAUUGUAGUAUGUUACCAGAGAGAUGUUAUAAUGGAUCAUGUUUGAAUGAUGGAGUGUGUCAUCCACAUGUCAAUGGUUAUAGCUGUUCCUGUGCUCAAGGGUAUACAGGAGAAUACUGUCAGAUCAACAUUGAUGAAUGUCAAGGUCACUAUUGUCGAAAUCAAGCUGUCUGUAUCGAUGGGGUCAACUCUUAUACUUGUCUUUGUCAGCCAGGUUACAAUGGAUCCUACUGUGAUUACAACAUUAUGUGUGAUACCAACCCUUGUGUGAAUGGAGCAUCAUGUCAGACUACAUUAACUGCUUUUAUGUGUGAUUGUCUUCCAGGUUACUCAGGAGUUUUAUGUGAAGUUAAUAUAGAUGAGUGUAAACAGAAUAAUUGUAAUCCAGACACAUCACAGUGUGUAGAUCAGAUAAAUGGUUACACCUGUAAUUGUCUACCUGGAUGGACAGGUGAAUAUUGUGAUGAGCCUACAAAGGAAUGCUUAUCAAGUCCAUGUGCUCAUAGAAGUCAGUGUUUUGACCAUGAAAACCAGUUCUCCUGUUCUUGUGUUGAUGGAUAUACUGGUCACAACUGUUCAACCCAGGUAAUUGAGUGUGAUUCACAUCCCUGUUAUAAUGAUGGCCAGUGUUUAGACCAAGUAAAUGGCUAUAAGUGUACAUGUAAGGGGAGUUUUACUGGAAGUCAGUGUGAGAAACAUGUAGACUUGUGUGUAGGAUCUCCAUGUUUGCAUAAUGGUACAUGUCAAAAUCUUGUGGACACCUUUAUAUGCAAAUGUGAAGUUGGAUGGACUGGCAGUAGAUGUGAAUCAUUAAUAGAUAACUGUGUGAGCUUACCAUGUUACAACAAUGCUGUCUGCAUCAAUAAUAUUAACCAAUACACUUGUGUUUGCAAACCAGGUUAUACUGGAAGUCACUGCCAGAAGGACAUUGAUGAAUGUGUUACUGAUCCAUGUCUUCAUGCAGGAGUUUGUACAAAUCUGAUUGGUGGAUAUUAUUGCACAUGCCCAGAUGGAUAUACAGGAACAGAUUGUGCUGACCUUGAUAUUCCAUGUCCUUCAUGUCAAAAUGGGGCUAACAAAUGUUUUAAUGGAGAAUGUGUCUGUCUACCAGGCUAUAUUGGUCCUGAUUGUGGUAAAGAGGUAAACUCUGACUAUGAUUUGUAUUUCCAUGGUAACAGUAGGAUAGAGACUGGAGUUAAAAGAAUAAAAAAUAGAAACCAGUUUAGUUUGUGUCUGUGGUUGAAGACUUUUGGUCUGGUGUCAUCUAUGCCUGUUCUAACUUUAGUGGCUGAUAAUGGUAACAGUGAACAUGAAGUUUUAAGUAUAUACAACGAUAGUAUACACCUGUCCUACUUCAGUCAGACAGAAUUUAACUUAUCAAUGACACCUUGGUCAUGGAAUCAUCUAUGUGUAACUUGGGAUAGCCACAUGCGUGGACACUGGUCUGUUUAUAUCAAUGGUCAGAUACAGAUGGAGGGCAUUGAAUUUGGUAAUGGUCAAGAACUACCACAAAGACAAAGAAUUGUACUUGGGCAAGUAACAGCAGAUUAUAAUAGUACAUUUCAUGGUAUGAUAAGUCAAGUGAAUUUAUAUGAUAGUGUACUGAAUGAGUCUGAGAUAACUACAGGAGGUAACAACUGCUCCAUCAGUAUGCCAACAGGGACAGUAUUUAGGUGGCAAGAAUUUGCAAGUUAUGUCAACUCCGAAACUGCAGGUGUGGAUGUUAUUGAACCAUCUUUAUGCGGCAGUGAGGCAUGUCCUUUAGGUUAUGAAGGAGAAUGGUGUAACGCAACUGAAGAUACAGAGGCACCAACUGUUAUAUACUGUCCGGAACAUAUACAAGUUGUUACUGCUAACAGACUUAAUAUUGUGAACUGGACAGAACCUCAGUUUACAGAUAAUGUAGGGAUCAUUAAUAUAGUACAGACACACAGAUCAGGGCAAGUGUUUGCCUAUGGAGAAUAUGAUAUAAUGUAUAUUGCCUAUGACACAGAAAAUAACACAGCUAUCUGUAGUUUUACAGUUUAUGUUAUACCAUUUAAUUGUUCCUUGCCACCACCACCAUCUAAUGUGAUCUUGACAUGCUCUAGCUGGUCUGAGGGUUUACAAUGUUCUGUUAAAUGUCAAGAUCCCAGAAUUCAAAGUUUUGUCGAGGAAGUACCACCAUUUUAUAAAUGUGGUCGUGAAGGAUUCUGGGACCCACCUAGAGGUGAAGAAUUCAACUUUCCUAUUUGUGCUGAAGCCUCAUCACCAGAUGGAACAAUAAAAGGAGAGUUAGUAUAUCUAGGACCUCCCUGUACACUCAGUUCUAAACAGAUACUUAAUGAGAGCUUUGUUAAAAAUAUGAACAAUUGGAACAUGGAAUUUGGACUUUGUCCUGAGAUUGGUUGUAAUUUUUCCAACAUAACCAUAUUAUGUAUGUCAUCAGGAAAAAGACGGAGAAGAUCAACGAAGUCAACAUAUAAUGUUACAUUUGACAUUCCAGUAAAUGGGAGUUUAAUGAGUGACGGAGUAAAUGCCCUGCCAUUGACCCAGUUAGAGACCAUGAUUAAGAAUGAGGAAUUCAACACAGAUGAUUUCUCCUGUGAUGCUGAGAAACUGGUGGUUAAACCAUACAUCAAAUGUCAGACAGGACAGAUACUGGUUGACACUUACUGUGUGAAUUGUGUAAGAGGAACAUAUUAUGAUAACACCAAUGAAUUGUGUGGAGUAUGUCCUAGAGGCCAGUAUACAGACCAGGGAAGGCAGACAGCAUGUAAAUCAUGUGAUGUAGGAUAUACAACAGAAAGUUCAGGGACAACCAGUUCAACACUUUGUUAUAAAUCUUGUAACAUUGGAAAUUAUUAUGACAAGACACUCUCCAACUGUAAACCCUGUGAGAGAGGCUACUACCAAGAUGAGACAGGAAAGACAACUUGUAAAUCAUGUGGGAAUGGGAAGACAACUGAAAAUACAGGAUCUACUUCAGUGACAAACUGCCAGAAUUCCUGUAAAGCGGGAACAGAGUUGUCAGUGUCAGGUACAUGUGAACUUUGUGCUCAAGGUACAUAUAAAUCAGAAGACAGUCAAGACACUUGUCAGCCUUGUCCUUAUGGUUAUAGUACACACAAAAAAGGUGCUACAUCAGUUCAACAAUGUUCAGUUGUUUCCUGUCCACCAGAUUAUAAAUACGACAGUUCAACACAGAAAUGUAUAGUUUGUCCUCCUGGUUACCAUCAACCUUAUCAAGGUCAAAGUUCAUGUAUACCAUGUACCUAUUCUAAAUUUGAUAUCAAUAUAAAGAAAUGUUUAUCUGGGGAGAUUGAUGAAUGUGCCAUUCAUCAGGAUAAUUGUGAUGAUAAUGCGGAUUGUAGGGAUACUAAAGACUCAUUUGAAUGUCAAUGUAAAUUUGGCUUCAAAGGCAAUGGCACAACAUGUAUUGAUAAAUGUAUUGGAGCAUGUGAUGUCAAAGUUGCUUGUAUUAUUGACAACAGUGGUGAACCUCAGUGUAAACAAGAUACCUCAGGUCCAUUCCCAUUGAUAGCUGUGGCAGGAGGAGCAUCAUCAUUUGUGUUGAUAAUAAUCCUGAUUAUCAUAACAUUUGUCUGUCGAAGAAGAUCUAACCAAAAGAAAAGAAAAGAAACACCACAUAACUACCAACAUAUGGACAGAGUUCACCGUGAAUUGGAGGUGGUUACUUAUCCAAGAGGUUUACCUAGAACAGUACAAUUCAGAACAAAUCCUGCUUAUUCUGACUCAGAACUGUCAGAUCCAACUGUAUACCAUGGUGGACCAUCAUCAGCCCCAUUAUGGGCAAGACCAGUCUUUCCCGACCAUGAGGAUAUAUCCAAGUAUAGUGAAACAUCACUGAAAAGACCACUUAGACUGAGAAUUACCCAGGAGAUGAAAAAUGAUCAACAAUAUGAGAUUGAAAGUAAUAAGAGUUGGCAUGAUUCAUCACCUGGGUCUAGUCUGAGUCAAUAUCGAGAUGAUACACACCACUCCUCCCCUAACUCAAGUAUCAGUAAAUAUAGAGUGGACUCCAAUCCUAAGGACUCCUCUCCAAGCUCAAGUAUUAGCCACUACAAGGAAGACUCCCUACAUAAGAAUGAUAGUCCUAUAUCUAACAAGAGUGACUUCUCAGAUUCUUUUUUCUGAAUACCGAAACAAGUAGAACAACAUCUGAAAUGAUCCAGUUGAGGAGUCAGCUUAUAGUUAGCUGAUGUAAAACAUAAGAUGUUUUCUCUGAGUAAUUUCUUAUCAGAAAAGAAAUGGAAAACAUUCGUCCUAUAAGGAAUAGAUGGUUCUAAUAUGACAGUAUAAGAACUUCAAAUAAAACUAAGAAGAGACAAUUUUCAUUAGAAAAACAAAUGAAACAGUAUUAUAAGACUGGUGAAAUAUGGAAGAAAUAUGUCGUAUUAGAUAAUAAGGUCGGAAUGAAAUGUCUAACAGAAAUCCCAAAUUUUGACACCACAUAAGCUGAUAGAUAAAAACUGUUUAAGAAAACCAAUGGCCUCAGCCAAAAUUUUAUUUUGAAAUCAAACUAAAAAAUGUGAUUUUUGCUUGCCGAAUGAUCCAUAAAUGCAAUUUAGAAAUAUCAAGAAAAGAAAGAUUACGAAGAUGACAGUUUCCAACAUACAUACAUGACUCAACAGAACUACUGUACAUGUUUAAAACAACAAUGUUACUCCUAGAUGUAUAAUUGGAAUUUUUUAACAUCUAGAAAUGAACAACAAUUUGAUGCUGAUGAUUACCAGUUAAGUAGGAUGAGUGAUAAAUAUUAAUGUAUGUCAAAUAUAUGCAUAUAUGUGGUAAAACAAUGUUGAUAUAGCUGAAUAAACAUGGAUAUAUGUAGAACAUUAGUUGUUGAGUAUUUAUAUAUUCUGUUCACAUUGCCAAGUCUUUCCACAAUGUAUGUGCCUUGUGACACUAUAGGAUGUAAGUGAUCAGUGUAUUAUAGUUUUUAUGCCUUAACUGCAAAUAGACAAAUGAAAGUGUUCUUAAUUUAAUGACAAGCCAGUAUUGGGAGAAAGAUUCAGGAACAGAAAAACUUUAAGAUAAUUCCUGAAAUCUGAACAUUCAAUGCAAAUCUGAUGAUAUUGUAACAUUGUAAUUGUGUAUUAUAACAUUGUAAUUGUGUAUUAUAACAUUGUAAUUGUUUAUUGUCACAUUGUAUUUAUUAUAACAUUGUAAUUGUUUAUUAUAACAUUGUAAUUGUUUAUUGUCACAUUGUAUUUAUUAUAACAUUGUAAUUGUUUAUUAUAACAUUGUAAUUGUUUAUUGUCACAUUGUAUUUAUUAUAACAUUGUAAUUGUUUAUUGUAACAUUAAUUGUAAUUGUUUAUUGUCAUAUUGUAAUUGUUUAUUAGUUUUUUUUAUUUAUCAAUCAAACACAUGAAAACCAUUGUGUGUUCAAUCAUCACCAUAUCAUAUAAUGUGAAAUAUUUCAUUGUUUGUAAUAUUACAUAUAUGUUUUCCAUUUUUCAUUCAUAAUUUUGUUAAUAUUCACUAUUCUAGUUGAGUUGAAAUGCAGUGUUUACUGACCAACAUCAUGAACAGUUAAUAAUAAUUAAAUUGUAACUCUUAAGACCUAAAAUCCACCACUCAUCAGCAAUGAACCUCCAUCAUGUCUAAUUUAUAUCAAUAGCAUACUACAAUAACAUACCUCCUCAAAUGACAAUCUUAAAUUGUACCCAGUGAAAUAAAUAUAUUGGAUGAAAGUUUUAUUGUUUGCCGAUAAAAUGAUCCUUCAUUAGGAAGUAAGUGGUACAUUCCAUACUUGUAUCGUAAUAUACUUUUUACACAUAGUUUGACAUCAUGGUUUAGAUUUUUCCAAUUUUUUUUUCUUGAAUUGCAGUUAAUUCUGCCUUGCGGUUGUCAAAAUCUCAUAAUGGAAUCCAUUUGCUCCCCCAAAAAAAGUGGAUGUUUUUUUCUCCGAUUUAUUUAUCUGAUGUUAAUAUUUCCAAAAAGCCUCAGCAUCUGAAGUAUAAGGUUCAUCUAAGACAAGUCUCAUGACACCGUAGUACAUAUCUAGAUAAAAAUUGAAUGGUAUAUUUUUAUUGGUCUUUCAGUUUAAAGUUCUUUUUGUUUUUUUCUAGAAUUUGUCACUAGAUUUGGUCAAAGACCUACACUUGAAUAUUGUAUAUUUAUGAGAUGUACUGUAUUAUUUGUUUGUUUACCCAGUGCUGGUAAGGUGCCUAUACUUAUUUAUAAAUAAUUAUUAUUUGCCAUAUAUAUAUAUAAUUAAAUAUUGCUCAUUGAUAUCCUAUUUAACUGAAAUGUAAUGUAUUAUCAUCAAGAUACAGUAUUUAAUAAAACCAUUUUUACAGAAAACUUUACUGUCAUUAAAUUGUAUGCAUGUGUUGUUUUUUUUUCGUCAAGAACACCAAUUUUAAGAAAUUUCAUUACAAUGGUCUUUGGCACAAAAGAAAGGCUUGUAUUUGUAAUUGAUUGUGACACAAUCUAGUUUUUUGGAUAAAAAGCCAUUAGGCCUAAACUGUGUUUUAACCGUUUUGAUGUACAGCAUUUAUUUUUCACUUUUGAUAUACACUUGUUCAGUAUUUCUUGGUUGACUGGCAUCCUGUUCUCAGCAUGGCUCUCUAUUUUAUUUUUUUACUAAAUAAAAAUUGCAAUAGGAUAAGUUUUACAAAGAUAAAAUCAUAGAAUUAUAAUAUAGGAAGGAAAAGUAUGUUUUUCAGAUUAAAAAAGAAAUUGAGUUAUAUUUCCAACCAUGAAAUACCUUGUUAGAAACUUUAAAUUUGUCAUUUAAGAUUUUCUUGUAAAUAGUAAGGAGGAAUUAUUAUAAUGUCUUUGAAUUGUGUCACAAUAAAGUUUUAAGUGCAGUUUUUAUUUGAGGAGGCUAAAUAUUAUCAUUUAUUUGUUUUUGCAUUUAUUUAUUUAUCAAGGUGCAAUUUUUCCUUUUAAAUCAAAAUUAAAUGUUAUUUUGUUAAGUUUUUUUUGUAUGUGUUAUUUUUUUGCUAUAAAGAAAAUAGAGGUAAUUUAUUAUAAUGUAUCUUGCUUCAAGAUUUUGCUUUUUAUGCUUUUGAAAAUUGUAAGUUUCAUUUUAGCAUCUGCUUUUUAGCAUGUCAAGUGAUUUUUGGUACAGUAUUACAUAUAAUCCAGUCUCUAUAUCAUUACAGAAAAAAGUAAAUUUUUAUCACAUUUAUUUUCUAUUGGGUAUUUAUUCAAAUCUCAAUGAAGUUGAUGCAGAAAAGAUCUUUUGUGCUAAUUCUUGCACUACAAUACAUUUUCUAUCAAAAUGAUAUUAAAGAAUAUAUGUUCUGACCUCAUGAUUUCCUGGUUAAUUUUUUUCUUCUUGCAAUAACGGUAAGAGUUCCAUAUGGCACCCCACCAUACUAAAAGAACACAAUAAUGUAUUGCAGUUUAUUCCGUGGGGGUGCCAUAUGGAACUCUUUCCCCAAUACUAAACUAUAUGACCAGUUGUCCUAAUAGAACCAAAGCAGAUGUUGCUAAUCUCUCUUACUCUUUUCUUUGAUACACAUGUAUUUUGAAUCAUAAUUAUUGAGCAACUUCUUGAAUCAUUGUUUAUGAACAGCAUAUUUGGGGAAGCAUAUUUAUUAAAUGUAACAUGAUCAUUACUAGUAUCUGUCUCAUAGCUAAAGUAAGAUGUCAUUCCACAUCAUGUUAUAUUGCAUAUGUGCCAUAUUUAGUGUAGUCUUUUAGAAACAAGUUGGUAAAAGUACAUUAUCAGACUGGGUAUAUUGAAUAUAACUCAUUUCCAUACGAAAGUAAAAUGUAAGCAGGGGAAACCUUGGUUAAACAAAUGCAUAGAUUUGACCAUAUUAGUGCUUGGUAAUAUAUUAUUGCCAAAAUGUUAAAUAUGGUUAUGUAGUCAUUAUAGUACACAUACAGUAUGGACAGCUAAAUAAAUAAAGACAGUUUUUGCACAAAAUAACUGUUCAAAUCAAGCCAGUAUUGCAAUUUUCAGUUCUGUAUUGUACAUUUUAUCCACUUGUUUCUGAAUGUUUUGACAGCAUUGUUUUGUGAGCAUUAAAUAUUUUAAAAAGUUUGUAAAUAUAAAUGAAAUAAAGAUUGUUUUAAAGUU